AUGCUCUUUUUUUUAGCUGUAUGGUUCCCAGUGCAUGUGGCUGAGCUAGACAAAUGCUUCCACUGUGUGAUCAAAUACGAACCUACAACGGAUCCCAGACAUCCGGGAUAUGGUGAUAAGGAGUAUAUAGAACGACGAGCGAAACUGAACGAUGUUGCCAGAGUUUACAAAUAG